CACUUCCAAUUGUUUUGUGAUAAUAUAAGCCGGCGGGCCACGUAAUUUUGUUCUUAUCUCUGCAUUCGAAACAUUCCAAAUAAUUUUGUAACAUCGACAUUCCUUGCUACGCUGUCAAAAAUGGACUCAUCAUUCACCAGAUACGUUUCACCAGUGAAUCCUUCCGUAUUUCCCCACUUAGCAACGGUUUUGCUGACCAUUGGAACGUUUUUCACUGCAUGGUUUUUCGUGUUUGAAGUUUCACGACCGAGAUCAAAUGACAAUGAAUCGCCGAAGGAGUCUGUCAUCUUUAAAGAGCUGUUGAUCAGUCUAUUUGCUGCUGUGUUCCUCGGCUUCGGAGCUCUGUUUCUGUUGCUGACCGUUGGAAUUUACGUAUAAAAUCGUGUGUUACCGGGACAGAAUGCAACUUUUUUGUACUUUAAUCGCUCGCUAAGUUAAUCGUAAUUAAGUUUCCCUUCUUCUGUUUUUGUACAGGAUUCAGAACUAACGUUCGUGUUCUUAUGUUUAUAAUAAAUCGCAAUAUUUUCGUAUGGGUAAA